AUGCUUAUGAAGAAUUCCCAAGCUUGUUUGUAUUUCUUUCUCACUGCAGCAAUUUUGCCAUUUUGUCAAGCUGAAUAUUCACCAAAUACCAUAUAUCAAUUUCGAGUUCGUGAUGCUAGUGGAGCAGAGGUUUCACUAGAUCGAUACAAAAACAAAGUGCUUCUGAUAGUAAAUGUAGCAUCACAAUGUGGACUAACUCAGUCUAAUUAUGUUCAGCUCAAAGAUUUGUAUGAUAAAUACAAAAUGCAGGGCUUUUCAGUAGCUGCCUUUCCUUGCAACCAGUUUGGCUCGCAGGAACCUGCGAACGAGGAGGAAAUUAGACGUUUUAUCAAAGAAACAUUCAACUUUGAACCAGAUUUGUUUGCCAAAAUCAAUGUUAAUGGGGCAGAAGAACAUCCGCUUUAUACUUUUUUAAAAAGUCAAAAAAGAGGUGUUCUGGUGGAUGAAAUUAAAUGGAAUUUUACUAAAUUUCUCGUUAAUAGACGCGGCCAAGUAGAAAGAUAUGGGCCAACGACUCAACCGAAAGAUAUAGAAGCUGAUAUUGUGAAACUUUUAAAAGAACACUCCGAUCUAUAG